CGGCUGUCAGUUUCUUGUUUAUAUGUCUCACUCAAUUCAAGUCGCUUCCUUAAAUCUUACGUUUAAAUAUUCAGAUCAAAUAUAUAUUUAAUAUCCCUAGCCAUGUGCAUCGUGGUAACUUACUGCGAAUAUUAUGCCCAUCGCUUUCCCAAGAAGUUCGUGCAGAUAGUUCAUCCUCUGUCGACAAUCUUUGUGGUGGGAACAAUUGUAUUUUUCUUCUGGAUGCAGAUGUUUUUAAUUGCACCUCAAGUGUACAACGACUUCGGCUACAAGCUCUUAUGGAUCGUGGUCAUCUUUAUAAUGCACAACAUUUUGGGAAACUGGAUAGCCUGCUAUAGAACAAACUCGUCGGUGGAGAUUUUGCCCAAGGAAUCCCAAGUUCCCGUUCCAGAGAAGGAACACCUGUGGCGUUUUUGCGACACCUGCAACAAGCUGAUGCCCCCGAGAUCCUGGCACUGUGCAUUGUGUAAUUGCUGCAUUUUGAGGCGAGAUCAUCACUGCAUCUUCAUGGCCACUUGCAUCGGACUCAAUAACCAGCGAUAUUUCAUCUGGUUCGCUUUUUAUUCGACAUUUGCCUUGAUCCUAAGCUUUGCCACCUUUGUCAUUUACUUUGCAAGAGUUGGCUGCAGCACUCUUCUCAGCCCGGAUAUUUUUGUCAUUCUUCUGCUUAAUUGCAUUUGCGGCGUGCAGCGCGAUAGGUCGAAAGAGAGUUUGUUUCAGACCACGGUCUUCCUAUUCAAUAUUGUCGUCCUCCUAAUUCCCGGCUCCAUGCUGGCCUAUCAAAUUCAGAUUUUGUGGCGCAACUCUUGUUACUAUAAAAUCAACGAUAGUGCCUACGAUUUGGGUUUCCUAAAGAACUGCAAGCUUAUUUUGGGCCAACGUGGCCUCUGGACAUUUCUAUCGCCCUUCCUGAAGAGUCCUUUGCCUCACGAUGGUACAAAGUGGGAAAUGAUGCCACAAUCCAAUUAA